GCGCAUGCUCGACUCCACUUUGAGAAGACUUCUCUACCUGAGAUGUUCAAAGAAGUCGGGACAGGACCAGUCAGCACUGUGUGCCGCAUGCUGCCUCCUUACGAGCCUAUGUGACACUGGAGGAGCUGUGCUGGCCAGACAGCUCACCAUCCAGGUCUUCACCGGUGCCUACCUGGCAGCUGUCGACCUAGUGAACUUCCUGCUCAUUCUCUUCCCAGUCUGCGGCUCUAAAAUCAAGUCACAUUCCCGUCGGGGUCCCCGGGAGAAGAAGAGAAGACAGCGGCUCCGGGCCACCAUGUUCACCUUGACCCUCCCACUGAGUCUGGGCCCAGGCUGGGCUCUCUGGGCCUCUGUCCCGAAGGCUUCAGGCCCAGUACAGGGGACCCAGCGGAGGCUUCUGGGACACCUGCUGCAGUGCCAGGGGAAGACGUUGCCCGCUCUCCACCUGUGGAUGCGGCUCCUGUCCGCCCUGGCCGGCCUCCUCUACGCCUCAGCCAUUGUGGCUCAUGACCGGCGGCCCGAGUACCUGCUGCGGGCCACACCCUGGUUCCUGACCUCCCUUGGCCGUGCUGCGCUGGACCUGGCUAUCAUUUUUCUCUCCUGUGUGAUGAAGAGCCGGAUGAGGCGGGUCCUGGGACUUGCCACGGAAGCCAGCGAGAGCGGCGACAUGCAAGCCCUUUUGCCCUGUGCAGAGAGGGAUGACGAAAGGACCCAGGAGAAUUCAGACUGGAUGCCUCUCACCACGCUCCCAAACUGCAAGCCCCUCCGGACAAUGGGAGCCAUCAGCCGCUACAUGGAGCUGACCAUUGAGCCUGUGCAGCAGGCAGGCUGCAGUGCCACCAGGCUGCCUGGCGAUGGACAGACGAUCGCCAGCGAGGUCUCCCUGCAGGAGCCCCCGUCCUACCCGCCCGUUCAGGUCAUCCGGGCCCGAGUGUCCUCCAGCAGCUCCUCCGAGGUCUCCUCCAUCAACUCGGACCUCGAGCAAAAGUAUUGGGAGGCCCUAAACUCAGAGCAGUGGGACCCUGAAGAUGUGAACCGAAGGAGCAGAGACCACGUGGAGAUGCUCAGAUCCCAGGCCCACAGCGGCUCCACAAGCCAGUGGACUUGACCUCUGAGGCUUGGCACCUUCUAGAGCCAUCAGCACAGAGCCCAAGGGCAGGCCUUUGUCGGGCGGGGAGCGGCAGUCAUUGCCGUAGCAGGCGCGAGCACUGCGGAAAGGCUGCUCCGGGAAAGUGAAGAACCCGGAACUGGGCUGGUCCGCGGCGGGGCUCAAAGCAGAGCUCAGGCUUCGGAUCUUGUGGUCAGGCCUGGACGUGCCGAGUUUGUUCUGAAGAUUAGAAGUUCCAGACCACUCUUGCAUUGUAGAAAUAAAGCUCUACCAAAAGGA